UCGUAUUAUAAGAUAUAUCAAAAAGGAGUCACAUGCCAGUGUCGGGCACAAUAGGUUACGUGCUGGUCCAUUGUCGGGGAGGAAAUAUCUGUAAACAAACUGGAGUUGCAGAAGGACCGGCGACAUAUCUUCUGUCUCUGCAGACAGGGUCGGGACGGAUCGUCACCAGGAAGCCGUUUUGUUAAAAUUGAGUUUUCGAAGUUUCACCUGGAAGAACUUUUUUGUGUUAUCAGACUAUGCACCACAAGCUGACAAUUUGAUUUUGAUGAAAUAUCGAAAAAGACCCAAAUUGCCACAAUUGGUAGAUUGCAGCAGACGUCAAUUUUCGAACACGCAUACCAGGAGGUUUGGAAUGUCAUCCAGUCCCGCAUAAAGUUUCGAUCACAAUCAAAAGGAGCGGAUGACAGUUGGUCUAGAUUGAUAGAGAGUGUCACAUAUUUCAUAACCUCUUCACAGACUCUUGUCUGUCUGAUUUGUGGGCAGGUAAUUGAGUAACCUAACAGUCCCGGCAAAACAGACGUCGUAUCCAAAAAGACAUCACAAUAUAUGAGUUAGAAGAUCCUAGAAUAUGAUGGCUAGGAAGACCUGUCGGGAAAAUUAGCACUUUCAAACGGCCACAAGGACAAGGAUUCAUUGAGAAGCCGACAUCCGAUUGAACAGACGACACUUUUGAUGAAAUAACGCGACAGAUGACAAGGACUGUUCGUACACAUGGCGCCAUGGGUCAGACGUGGGUAGAAAUGGCGUGAGGGAGGAAUCGAGCAAUCCAGGUCUGUCCUAAAACCAACGAUGGCGUCCAACAACCCCAGUGGUAUCCGACCCUGCCUGAUUUGCAUGGAGACACCAGACAGGUUGAAAGUUCUCCGUAUGUGUAAGCACGCUUUCUGCAUAAAAUGCCUGACUAGGCAUGUCCAGAAAUUGGGAGAGGCCAGCAGGACUUUUCCAUGCCCAUCGUGUAAAGCUGAUUGUCCUUUAUCUGAUGAUGGUAUUGACGGUUUGCAAGAUUACGAUGGUGUUGAAAUAACCGAGGCUGAUGGUACUCAAGGACCCAGUGCAAAUGUCUUUUGUGGACUUGUAGGAUUAACUAAAGGUAAAACUGCCUUGUGUCAAAGUUGUUCUUACACAAAAAGCCUAGAGACCGAAGCAGAGAGUCUUUGUGAAGAGUGUGGGUACCUUUGUCUUUGUAAAGACUGUUCGCUGGUUCACGGUACAAAUAAAGCAACGGCAGCACAUACAGUUGUGGCUUUGAAGACGAGCGACGUCGAGUGCUGCAGGAAACACAAGCAGCUGAUUACCAGGUUCUGUAGCUCAUGUACCGUACUUUGUUGCCGUCUGUGUGUCCUCCUCGAUCACGGAGAUCACACGAUCAAGGGGAUAAGCGAAGUUUUCCACGAGCUGGUUGAUGAGGUUAAAAAUCUAACUCUCGAACAGGCCAAGCGGCCAGCGGAUGUUAGAAAGUUCGAGAGCCAAUUGGGCAUGAUUCAGUGUUCAGAGGUGGCGCAGAGGGAGGAAGUCAUUCUCCGGGAGAUUGAAGACCACGCCGAGGUUUACAUUGCACAGAUCAUCAAAAGAAAAGCAGCUCUGAAAGAGCAGGUCAAGCUCAGUUACCAGGUUGUUACACAGGUCACGGAAUGCUUGGAUAAACUUCCAGCAAUUGCCAAGCUGGAGGAGACGUUAGCAAAGGCAAUAGACGUGCUCUCGGGGGCUGAGCCACACCCGAAGGACAUCCAGAAGCUGUUAUCCGUUAAGCAGGCGAUUGUUGAGUAUGGGAUAGAGAACGAUAUCAACAUGGAUAACUUCUGGGACUCGUUUGACAAAUUGCUAGAUAAACCCAUCCAUUUCGUUCCAAAGACACCAGAUUGUAACCUCGGUGCUCUGGAAGCCAAGGAACGAUUCUACAAGUCGAGGCUUCUCAAGGACACGAAGCUUACGUUUGAAAAGAAACUUGAGGUUGACGAUCCAGCCAAAUUUGUUCCAUGUGUUUCCGUCAUUGACAAGGAGUUCUAUGCCGUUGCACACCCGACCUUGGAAAGCAAAGUGUCGGAUGGCUUUGAUAUUUACAAGUUCCAGGGGAUCUUCCAGCAGACUUUCAAAGAAAAUGCUGACUCUUUGUGCGACAUGGCUGCCACCCCAGACGGAAGACUAGCUGUCCUGGGAAGGGGAAGCUCACAUGAAUUUUGCUGUGCACGGCUGUUUCAUCCAGUCACAGGCUUCACAAAAUCAACGAAAGAUUUCCAGAUUCGCAACCCAUUAUCAUUUGACGUUAGCUAUCGCCACCAGUACGUCAUUCUCAGCAAUGAUGGUGGGAGACGAGUCACCAUUUGCAACGAAGAUGGCUCUGUAGAUCUAGUGCACCAGGUGAACCCAUCAAAUGGCAUAAGCGAUGCUAUUAAGAUUGCAUGCAGCUCCAGGUAUGUGUACGUACUGGGACGAAUUCGGUUGGUUGUCUACGAGAGGAAGAACAAUGAUUUGGUCGAGGUCACUACCAGCGGGACCAUUUUCAAUCGCUGUAACCUGACUGGGAUUUCGGUUACUAAAAACGAUCAAGUCCUGCUGUGUUAUGAUAGUGAUAACUGUUCUAGGUUUUGGUUCGGAACAUUCGUUCUUACCUGCCGUACACUGUCACAAUCUACGCAAGCUGAAGCCAAGAUUACAAACAUGACAAAGGGGCAGAAUAGGGCUAUGAAACUAUCCGCCAACGAUUCCUUUGCAGUGACCUCACUAGAUGGUUCAAUGAUCAGAGUGUACACGUUUUGAGUUCCGACUCCUCCAUCCUAUCCAUAUACCUGGUACUACCGACACGUAUGAUGGAACACUGCCCCCUCACGGAUCAUUGUUGAGUGUCAAUGCCAUGUUGACUACUAAGUAUGUCCGCACGGUGAACCAUAGAGAGGUUCCAAAACAGGCAAGGUUGAUACCUCUUCGUGCAAUGGAGAAAUGUGGCAAAAUCUUUGGCGCUAUAAGUAUUGUCUAGUGCCUUUCAAAAAUGCUUUGAUGAUGUGUAAUUAUAUUGACCUUUGUGCCAAUGGCCUUCGGCUUUGCUUCUAAUUCAAAGGACAGUGAAGAGCCAGGACGUUCGGUUCCUUAACGUCUUGACGUCUGUUUUCUAAUGUACAAUUGUUGAAGUAAUAACAGGAUCGCCAUAGAAUGAGUCCAACCCUUCGAUGAAGGAAAAAGGUGCAUACGGUACGAAACGAAAUGGCUUAGAUAACGAUAUCAUUCAUAAGUAAUCGGAAAUGACAAAAUUUUAACAUUUAGUCACAACUUUAUCGCCAAAUCGCUAGCACACUUACUUUAGCACAAAACAGAUUGGGUCUACUAGUAUCAAGUAUAGUCUCUAGUGUACACAUUUAAAAGUACAUUAUUACGUAAUUAUACACACGCCAAAAAGGAGCUGGCACACCUCCGCUUCCUAAUGUCUACAUUUAGGCAAACUUGAAGGCGGCUGCUUAGAGGAUAAACCUCUUUCCAUUAUGAGAGACGUAUUGAAUAGACGCAUCUCUUUUUAGCUGCACAUCACACCUCGUUUAAUCAUUAACACACGAUAUGGCUCCGUCACGUCGAACAGAAAUUGUUCCUUCUUACGUAGGCACUAUUGUAGGCAAUGUUGGCCUCCGAGAGAAACGGCCCAGGUCCCUGCUGCGAGAGGUACGCAUACGGGUAGGAGCCGUACUCGUCGCUUGCACUAUUACAAUUCGAGUAGGGCUGACUCUUCCUGAAAAAGAGAACGCUGAAUAAAUUCACAAGGGUUUUUGCAAUAUGGUUCUUCCAUGCUUGCGAUAUUUUGCCUCGAAUUCCACAUUUUAAUUAUUUCAUUCGACUACAUAAAGUGAU